AUGUCGUGGCGCGGUCAAGGCAUUACGGGUAGCAACAACAUCCCUCUCGGUAACCGUCGCAGGUUCGGAGCCGAAGAUGGUUCUCCUCCUGUUGAAGAGAGCUACAGCAGCGGCCCCGUCGAAGGCGACAGUCUGAAGCGCGGUCGCAGCCCCGUUAGAGAGUUGAAUCCCGAUGGCACCAAGAAGAGAAAGAAGCGCAACCGAUGGGGUGACGCGACCGACAACAAGGCCGCCGGUCUGAUGAACCUGCCUACCGCCGUCCUCGGCAACAUGACCAGUGAACAGCUUGAUGCUUACACACUGCACUUGCGCAUUGAGGAGAUCAGCCAGAAGCUGAGGAUCAACGAUGUCGUCCCAGCCGACGGCGACAGAUCGCCCUCUCCGCCUCCGCAGUAUGACAACUUCGGUCGUCGUGUCAACACUCGCGAGUACCGCUACAAGAAGCGUCUCGAAGAAGAGCGUCAUAAGCUGGUCGAAAAGGCCAUGAAGACCAUCCCAGGCUACCACCCUCCUUCUGACUACAGACGUCCUACGAAGACGCAGGAGAAGGUCUACGUGCCUGUCAACGACUACCCAGAAAUUAACUUCAGUAUGAUUGCUAACCUCUUCCCCCUCUUGCUCCCCAUGAUUAUGCAGGCUACAGUUGACUGCUCUUCUGCCCCUAACCACUCACUGCUCUCAUUUGGUCUACUUAUUGGUCCUCGUGGCAACACCCUGAAAAAGAUGGAAACAGAGUCUGGCGCAAAAAUUGCCAUCAGAGGAAAGGGUUCCGUCAAGGAAGGAAAGGGCCGAUCCGACGCCGCCCACACCAGCAACCAGGAAGAAGACCUGCACUGUCUGAUCAUGGCCGACACCGAAGACAAGGUCAACAAGGCCAAGCAGUUGAUCCACAAUGUCAUUGAGACGGUAAUUCUUCACCACCUAAAUUGGCGACGUUGCGUUGCAAAAGACCGACUAACAUAUUUCUUGCAGGCCGCUUCCAUCCCCGAAGGUCAGAACGAGCUCAAGCGCAACCAAUUGCGCGAACUUGCAGCCCUCAACGGUACUUUGCGCGACGACGAGAACCAGGCUUGUCAGAACUGCGGCCAGAUAGGACACCGCAAAUACGACUGCCCCGAACAGCGCAACUUCACCGCCAACAUCAUUUGUCGUGUUUGUGGCAACGCCGGCCACAUGGCAAGAGAUUGUCCCGACAGACAGCGUGGACAGGAUUGGCGCAACAGCGAGCGCGGAGCUCCUGGAGCCCCUCGUCCCGCUGGAGCACUCGAACCCGCAGACACCGAAUUCAACAACCUUAUGCAAGAGCUGGGUGCUGGCGGCGCCAUUACUGGAAAUGCCGCACCUGCUCGCAUCGAAGCCGGCGGUUACGGUGACGACCGUGGAGCAGCCAAGCCCUGGCAGCGUGGACCUACAGGAGGACCCGCUCCCUGGCAGCAAGGGGGUGGUGGCGGCGGUGGCGGUGGUCGCGAACGCGAUGCUCCCCCCUCGGGCGGACCUGCACCAUGGGCGGCAGGUGGUUCUGGAGGAGGUCGCGCAACUGACAGCUACGGAGGUGGCUACAGUGGUGGUCAGGCUUCAGGCGCAGCUCCAUGGCAGCAACAGCAGCAGCCCGCAGCAGCACCCCAGGCUGGAUAUGGAGGCGGGUAUGGAGGCUACGGCGGGUAUGGUUACAGCGGAGCGCCAGGCUACGAGCAGGGCUACGGACAGGCAGCUGCACCGGGCAUGGCACCAUGGCAGCAACAGGCUUAUGGCGCAGCAGGCAGCCCGCCUCCUCCUCCUGCUGGUGAUGCACCUCCUCCUCCACCUCCGCCUUCGGAGAACCCCCCUCCCCCUCCUCCUCCAGGCAACUAA